GUCCCGACCCCACCAGGCCUGCCCUACCUUGACGUGGUCCACCGGUUCCGCCAGUUGACCAGCCUGCCCGUCGCAGCCUACCACGUUUCGGGCGAGUACUCGAUGCUCAAGGCGGCGGCCGAGCGCGGCUGGCUCGACGAGCGCAAGGUCGCGCUCGAGACGCUGCUCUGCUUCCGCCGCGCGGGCGCCGACAUCAUCCUCACGUACUACGCGAAGCAGGCGAGCAAGUGGCUUAUGGAGGAGCCGGACCUCUAA